UGAAAAUCACCCAAAGUUAUCGAAAACUUAUCUAGAAGUGAAAAAAUUGGCUGUAACUUGUGACCAGAUCACACCAUAAUCCUAGGGAGGUUGUCAGCACUUUUCGUCAUUGGCUUGCGAAUUGCCAACGCCACGUGUUUUGUCACGUGACGAAGUAGAUAAGGACAGAGAAGAUGAUGGGCGAAAUCUACUUCCGAUGCACACACUGUCAAUUGCACGGCAGCGACUCCAUGGUUUUAGCGCGACGCACAUACGCAUUUCGUCGCCCCCUGUUCGUGAAAAUUCGAUUCGUUGUGUGUCAAGUGCAUCAGCGAAACGACGAGGUAUUUGUCGCGUAAUUAACAGCAAGAAGAUCGUAUGGAAACACACCAGAGCUGACAUCAAACAUCGUUCGAAUAUAUUUGCCAGCUUCCCUUUUGACAGACUGCAGACGCGUCGCAACCGAAGGCCGUAAGAAUGGCAGGAUCGCCACUAUUGGAAGACGGUAGCGACUCGGAAUUACUCGACAAGUCCUCCAUCAGUUUUCUAGAUGCGUUAAUGGCAAUUGUUAUCGUAUGGGGAACAGUAUGGCUGUUCCGAAGGUGGAGGCAGAGAGGAGAGGACUCUGUACCAGCACCAAAAUCCUAUUCUAUCCAGCCGACAUCAUUCACCGCGGUAUCGCCGUCAGAGAAUUCGUUUAUCAAGAAAUUGCAGAGUUCCGGACGAAGUCUGGUAGUAUUCUACGGUAGCCAGACCGGCACUGCCGAAGAAUUUGCUGGUCGCUUAGCUAAAGAAGGUAUCAGAUACAAGAUGAAAGGCAUGGUGGCCGAUCCAGAAGAGUGUGACAUGGAAGAACUGGUGCAUCUAAAAAACAUCUCAAACAGUUUAGCAGUAUUUUGCUUAGCCACUUAUGGAGAGGGAGAUCCUACUGAUAACGCGAUGGAUUUCAUCGAUUGGCUCAAAAACGGUGACGCCAAUCUCACAGGAUUGAAUUAUGCAGUGUUUGGACUCGGUAACAAAACCUACGAGCACUACAACGAGAUUGCUAUAUAUGUAGAUCACAGAUUAGAACAAUUAGGUGCUACGCGUGUUUUCGAAUUGGGUCUUGGUGAUGAUGACGCCAACAUAGAGGAUGACUUUAUCACAUGGAAGGACAAGUUUUGGCCAGCAGUCUGCGAGUUCUUCGGCAUCGAAGGGGCAGGCGAGGACGUCAGUAUUCGGCAAUACAAACUUACGGAGCAUGUGGAUCUACCGGCUGAUCGCAUUUACACUGGAGAACUCGCUCGUCUUCAUUCCUUUGCAAAUCAGAGACCACCGUACGAUGCAAAGAAUCCUUUCCUGGCUCCGGUGAAAGUAAAUCGUGAACUGCACGGUCCGACGUCCGAGAGAUCAUGCAUGCACAUCGAGUUUGACAUUGAGAACUCCAAAAUACGUUACGAAACAGGCGAUCACUUGGCUGUCUAUCCUGUGAACAACGCCGAACUAGUAAAUAAAAUUGGCGAACAAUGCGGCGCGAACUUGGACACUGUUUUUACUCUCACGAAUACGGACGAGGAAUCUACGAAGAAGCAUCCAUUCCCUUGUCCCUGUAGUUACAGAACCGCUCUGACGCAUUACUUGGACAUUACAAGCAAUCCUCGGACGCAUAUUCUCAAAGAAUUAGCCGAGUACGCGAGCGAUCCUGCGGACAAGGAGAAGCUGAAACUGAUGGCGUCUACCACCGUAGAAGGCAAAGCAGCUUAUCAACAAUGGGUAGUUCAAGAAAAUCGUAACAUCGUGCACAUUUUAGAGGAUAUUUCUAGUUUGAAGCCACCGUUGGAUCAUCUGUGUGAACUCUUGCCACGAUUACAGUGUCGCUACUACUCGAUAUCUUCGUCUCCGAAGCUUUAUCCGAACUCGGUUCAUAUUACGGCGGUUGUGGUAGAAUACAAAACACCGACUGGCAGGAUAAAUAAAGGUGUGACAACCACCUGGUUGAAGGAAAAACAUCCUUCGGAUCCACUUUGCCUCGUCCCGAUCUUCGUAAGAAAGUCUCAGUUCCGUUUACCGACGCAUCCAAGCACUCCCAUUAUCAUGGUCGGCCCGGGAACUGGCAUAGCGCCGUUCCGAGGUUUUAUACAGGAACGAGAUUUCGCGAAAAAAGAAGGUAAGAAAGUGGGCGACACAAUACUCUAUUUUGGAUGCAGAAAGAGUCAAGAGGAUUAUCUCUAUCGCGAAGAAUUGGAGGAAUACGUGAAGAGCGGAACUUUGAUAUUGCACACCGCGUUUAGUCGGGAGCAAUCGCACAAAGUCUACGUCACGCACUUACUCGAGAAGAACAAGGACGAAAUAUGGCGCGUUAUCGGAGAACAGAAUGGACACAUCUAUGUAUGCGGAGAUGCAAGGAAUAUGGCCCGUGAUGUACAUAAUAUACUGGUCAAGGUCGUGAUGGAACGAGGUAACAUGUCGGAGCUCGAUGCCACAAAUUACAUUAAGAAAAUGGACUCGCAGAAGCGGUAUUCCAGUGAUGUGUGGAGUUAAAUAAUAAUACUAAGAAUAUUACUUCGUUAUAGAAAAGAAUAGACUAAAGUUUUCAAGUGUGAAAACCGAUAUUUUGACACUCGAACUCGAUUUAUCAGAGUACGAGAUGAUCGCUGAUAACUGCAAUUUACUUGCCAUUCUUUGUUCAAUGAUAAAUUGACAUUUCUUAUCUAUUGAUUUUAAUCCCGUUAUAUGCCUCGUUCUACGAAUAAGGUAAUGUAAUUGAAUUAAUAUACGUCAGGAUUCUGAGCAAGUCCCGUUAUCCGGAUGCUCGGAUAUCAUCGGAGUCCUAUUGCGUGUCAGAAACUCAAGCUAGCAUUAUAUACAUGCUUUAUUUAUAUACAUGGUCUGCUCUAUGGAGAAUGGCAAUUUCACUUAUUUCCAUAUAAAAAAAAUAAAUUGCGCAAUGUCACCUACCAAUGCAAAUUUGUUCUCAGAGAAGAAUCACUAAUUCUCAAAAAAUUAACAAACCUAAAAAGUACAAUUUCCUCUCUCUUCGUAAAAAAAAGACAGAAUAAUCGAAACUCGAGUAAGUACAUAGUUUAUAAUAUGCCAGACAUGUAAUAAAGUAAACAGCGCGCGUCUCUCAGUCGUGUCAUUGUAUUUAAAGUACAAUGGUAUUAAUCAUCUUUGUUCAUCAAGUUAUUUUAUAUAAAUAACUUUUUUAAACAAAGAAGAUAGAAAAAAGUAUUCUAUCUUUGCUCACAUGUAAAUAAUUAUUAUAACCUUUACAUGAAUUAUGUGUUAAAUCAUAUGUAAGAACUUCGUGUUGGUACAAUACAUUGUGAUGAAAUGGGUUUGUUCAUGCAAAUUGUACAAAUAGUUUCAUUAUCUUUCUUUAAUUCAUUGUUUAUUACGCAUUCGCAAUUGUCCAAACAUAAUGCGCCAAUUUGUCUAAAACAUUAAGCAACGAAUACUAAUUAAACAAUUUGUAACAACAAAUAUAAUAGUUUUUGUAAGAUUAAUAUACAUUGUUGUAUACAAGUGUGAAUAAUCAAUGUGUUGUACGCAUUGUUUUGCACAAUAGAUGGCUUGUAGAAUUGUCGAGUCUUAGGGCCAAAACACAGACUUUUACAUAAAUGCAUAGCGCAUAAGACAUAAGAGAAUCAACCAAUCAGAGCCUUUUAGAACGAGAAAUAGAGACAAAAAAUAGAAGGCUUAAUUGGUUACUUUAUUUGUCUUAUGCAUUUAUGCAAAAGUCUCUGCUUCGGACCUUACUAAAGACUUUUUAAACUUAUUUGGUUUUGAAUAAUGCGUAUAUAACUAAUUUUGUGUCCGAGAUGGUCAUUGUUUGAAUAUUUAUCUAUUUGAUUAUUUAUCUAUUAUUAUUUAUUAUUCGAUAUGUGUGUCUACAGAUGUGUAUAUCUUUUUGAAGAAUGAAACAAUUUUCGUAAUUAUAUUUUUACAAACUCAUUCGUAUAAAUUAUAUAUUUGUAAAGCAAAUACAACGUGUGUGCGUUAUUACUUGAUAUUUUAAUAAAAUUGUGUCCAUUUCUGUAAUGUUUUAUAUUUUACAUAAGUAGAAUCAGAAUUGAUUAAUUGAUUGUUAUUUGUACAAUCGGCGGCGACAUCUAAGAUGUCGAUGUGUGUUGCAACGAAUAAGAUGUACAAUCUGUUUA